GUAGCUUCUUGUGUGAUGAGUCAGAUGGAGGUGGGGGUCUGAAUGGGAGGAGGGGAUCGGGACAGAGACAUCCUCUGAUUGCCCUGAGUGAUGUGGAGCAGAGUCCGCUGAGGUUGCAGCGGUUGUGUGUGCGCGCCGUGUUUCGGGAUUGUCCAUGCGUUCAUGUUUGGAUAGGAAAGCCCACAGGCAUGAUGUAGGCUGGCACCGAGCAGUCUGGAUCCAGAGAAGUUUGGAUGCACCUCAUCAGGUGACGUUCUUAACAAGGAGCAGAAAUCUGCGGGCGGGGCCAACCCUGUGCCUCCCCGAGGAUGAAAGUAACAUGAGCGUUACCGACGAAUCGACAGGUGAGACAGAGAAGAGCCGAACAGGAGUCAGACGGAUCCUGGUCCCCAAACAGAAACUCGGCCGGAAAAGCGCAGUGUCGCGCUCCACCCGGCCGGUUGCUUCCUCUUGGCUGUGGAGGGGUGACUCCUGUCUCUGCCUGGGUAUCUCUGAGGAGUUGGCCUGCAGAGACACAGAGCUUUAAGUCCUGCACACCUUAAAUCUGACAAACUCAUAGGCUGCAUCUCCAGAGAACCAGCAACCAGGACCAGGACCAGUUCCACAGGCUGGCUUGGGGAGUUCAGCUCCGUGUGUAGCUGCAGCAAUGGUUUAUGGGAAGCGACAGAGCGGCGGGGUAUCUCCUCCAGACGGCGGGUGGGGCUGGGUGAUCGUUGGCUGCUGCUUCAUGGUGACAGUCUGCACACGAGCAGUGACCAGGUGCAUCUCCAUCUUCUUCGUGGAGUUUCAGGCUCAUUUUGGAGCUGACUACUCUGCUACAGCCUGGAUCCACAGCCUGGUGGACUGCACCACCAUGAUCUGUGCUCCUGUUGGCAGCCUGGUCAGUAACCGUUGGUCCUGCCGGGUGGCGGUGAUGUUGGGGGGACUCCUUUCAUCCUGCGGCCUCCUCCUCAGCUCCUUCAUCACCAGCAUGAAGCUCCUCUACUUCAGCUUGGGCGUCCUCACAGGUCUCGGCUUCGCUCUCUGCUACACCCCGGCCAUUGCCAUGGUCGGUUGUUACUUCAGGCAAAGGAAGGCGUUGGCGUAUGGGAUUGCCCUGUCCGGCAGCGGGAUCGGGACUUUUGUGUUGGCCCCGCUCGUGCAGCUGCUCAUCGAGGUGUACUCAUGGAGGGGGGCGCUGCUCGUCCUCAGCGCCUUUGUCAGCAACCUGUGUGUCUGUGGGGCGCUGCUUCGACCCAUCACACUGCAGGAAGACGAGGAGGAGCCAACAGGGGAGGCGAGACAUCCAAAUCUCGCCAAAGACUCUGAGAACAGCCUUUUGACAUCAAGCAAGUCACCAUCACUGCCCCUGCUGCUAGCAACCCCCGCCCCUCACCUGAAAAGGCGGUGGUGCUUCACUUCCUGCUUCCCGUCCAGUAAGGAGUACAGUUUCUUGCUGCUCCCGGACUUUCUGGGCCUGGCUGUAUCCUUCCUGUUCCUGGCCGCCGGCUGCAGUCUCCCCUUUGUCUACCUUGUGCCCUACGCUCUGAGCACUGGCGUCACCCACCAGUCCGCCGCCUUCCUCAUGUCCAUCCUGGGAGUCCUCGACAUCGUGGGGAAUAUCACCUUUGGCUGGCUGACAGACCACAGAUGUUUAAAGCCAUACCGUCUGGCCUGUUACAUCUUCUCUGUGGGGAUGGAGGGUCUCUGUUGCCUCUUCACUCCGUUGCUUCGAUCCUUCCCACUCCUUGUUCCAUUUGCCGUCCUCUAUGGUUACUUCGACGGCGCCUACGUGGCUCUGAUUCCUGUAGUGACGUCAGACGUGGUAGGGGCCACAUACCUAUCCUCGGCACUGGGAGUGGUCUACUUCCUGCAUGGCAUCCCCUACCUCAUCAGCCCGCCCAUUGGAGGUUGGUUGGUCGACAUCACAGGAAGUUACACAGCCACCUUCUACCUUAGCGGCGCGGCCCUGCUGGCCAGCGCGCUCAUCCUCUGUACCAACGCUGGGAUUCGUCGCUGUCACCACCAGCUAACCUCUGGUGCCAAGGACACCAAGCACACGCCCCUUCCCCUGAGCCUGCCCAAUCAGUCAGACUGCAUCGAGGAGACGGUUGGACAGGCCGUCGGUUUCGCCUCAGAAGAAACAAAUUGGAUUUAUCAGCACUGAACGCUACAGACAGUGAUGAGGGUUUGUUUUAAAGCCAAAACUCAUCCUGAGCUUGAUCAUGUGACAAAGAUGUACACAAACCUGAGUUAAACAGAAUGAGAUGAAGAUGGUAACGCUGGUAAACAAGCUAACAGCUACUCGUGUUGUCAAACAGAAAACAACUAUGAACUCCAGUGUGUUGAAGCUGUGGCAGCUUGUCUGCUGAAACAAGUAACCUUUGAUUCAAAUUGCUCACUGGCUGAGUGACAGCAUAUAUAUGAAUUGAUAUAUGUUGAUGAGGUGUAGAGGAAAAAUGAUGCCAAAACAUAUGUCGAUACAAGGGUUGAUUUAAGCAUGCCACACCCUGUUUUAGCUUCAGCAUAUCCUUUCAUGAAAUCAAUAACCAUCUUGAUGAGUUCCAGCCACAUUUAUGCCCAGUUAAUUUACCUGGCAUCAAUCCAGACUUCACAGCACUGUAGUUUCAAAAGUAGUGUUAUUUUGUCUUUUCAGGUCAUGAUGGCUCAAGUUACCCACAAUGGUGAUGGUAACGGUGAUGCACCUCAGAAAUGCCAACAGUGCAACAUGAAAACGCUGACCUUACUUCUGCUUAGAUCAGCGGGUUCAAACUUUGCAGACUGUGCGCCACUAUGUGGCAAACCAGAUUUCUCAAGCACCACUGCAGAUCUCAAGAAAGACCCACUUCACCUAUGCAAACCCACCCUUUGGUUGAAAUGACCACUACUAGUAUUACCAAUACUCAGGCCCGGUGCCAGGGUGAAAUAACUUUUUUUCCAGAAAAUAAAAUGAAUAUAUUUAACCAUGCAGAGUAGAGAUGUCUGGGUCUGAUGGUUAGUAUCGGCGCUGAUCCGGGUACAUUUCACAGGAUCGGUAUCAGCCUGGAUAAAGCAGAUCCAAAUGUAGAACUACAGUCCUGUAUGUGAGCGGAAGACGUGUUUUUGAGAUGCAUCUCACCCAUAAGAUGCUAUAAUAACCAGUUCAGCGGCCCACACUGGCAGAUCACACACUUUACGUACCUAGCUGCGAACUGAGGCCUGUUUUUAGCUUCAGGUCUAUUUUUUCAGCGCUGUGGCCUAAAACACUCCACAGAAUCCACCACAACCUUGACAGCUCCCUAAGUUGCAACCAGAACUCCACCAAAACAGAGAAAUACUUCAAAAUAAAAACCCAGUAAAACACAUGACCUACCAUGUGGUACAUCAGUCCUACCAAAGAUGCAGUUCUUUUUAAAGUUUGCUUUGGAUACACUAUACAUAGACAGUAUGGGAAGUAUUCAGACCCUUCCAAGUUUUACAGUUAAUGUUUCAGACAUCUUAAAAUGGACUCAAUUCAUUUUGUUUCUCAUCAGUCCACACACAAUACUCCACAAUGACAAAGU